CUGACCGUCUUUGGUUUGACGUUUUAACAUUUAUAAUCCCAAAGAACCAAACAAAAUUAAUACAUCAAAUAGCCAUACAUGACAAGAAGAACUCUAAUAAUUAGUUACUGAGUGCUCUGUUUCAAAGGCUGCUCUUAUAUCAGUGAUGGCCCCAGCUGAUAAGAAUGAAUACGACCUUGCCCGAAAUUAUGGCCUUGACAUCAGCAUGCCGGAAGCAAACUUUGCCGUGGCUUCCGCUGCACAGAAAGAAUACCAGAAAAGAUGCAACUUUCUAUACCGGGAUUUCAUGAAAAAUAUGAGCGUACACAUAAAACAAGAGCAAACGAUUAAAAAGGAACUGCGGAACUUAAAGAAGGAAAAAAUGUUAAACAGCCAUUACUCUUUGUAUCGUACAGACGGUAAGGAUCUUUUUUCUACCGCCAAAAAGAACCGAGAGACGCUACUGAAAAAGAACGAAUUGUCCAGUUCGUUCUUUGACGAUCUGUGUUUUAAUCCCUGGGGACUAGACUCCAUCAUAGACGAAGAUCUGAUCCGCCCCAAAACCGCCCCGGCAGGGGUAACUGAUGGAGAGGUCCCCACGGAUUCACAGCAAGACACUUUAGAUAUACCGCCAAACUCCGAGGGUGGGCACAUAAAACGCCCUUCCCUAGCAGCUACACUUGACGCCGACCAUGUCAACACACAGGUCGCUAAGGUAGAACAUCUACUGCAGUCUCAGUCCCAUUCCCAGGCACUCCCUGUUCCUGCGAAACCACCGGAUCCAGCCAGUCCCACGCUAGGGGGCGGUAUGGUCAAAUCGACAGGGCCCCCGAAACUAGUCAUUAGUAGGCCCAACUCGGUGACUGACGAGAGUUCUUGUGACGGCGAAGUGGAUAUUCUGACAGAAAGAACAAGGGCCAGGAAUAUCACGAUUGACAGAGAAAAGUUUCUAGAGCUCCAAAAGGGCGACGUUGACGUCAAGCUUAAAAACAAAGACGGCGCAUUCCUUGUCAAACCUGUCAAGAUGAACUAUGACCCCACCGGGGUCGAUGCCGUUUUCAUUGCUAAGGAUCCGUCCAAAGAACGAAUGGCAUUGGUUCGGCAGAAGACAAACUGGAAAACGCCAACAGUGGCAGCAGAGCUCAAAAUAAACAACAGAAUAGCUAUUCAAAAAUCCCUUAUUGGAAAAUCGGCAAAGAAAACCACCGUUGCCGAAAUCUUUAACAGUGGAAGAGACAGGAAAACUCGCCAUUUUAGAAUUAUAUCAAAAUCCCUCAGAAACGACGAAACUGACGCUAAUGACCGCAAGGAGUCGCUGCGACCCGCGUCCUCACCCGCCGUAAGACUGAACGUCAAGUCUGGGGGAGGAUCCAAAAAGGCAAGCGUUCUGAAAACUCGGACUGCGGAAAAUGGACCCCCGAUUGUGAUACACGAGGCAUUCACUAACAAGGCAACGAAAAAACAAUCGCAGGGAGUCUCCAGGGAAAACAGUCUAAACGAUUCCUCGACAGGUAAAAGAGUCAAAGAAUUCUUAUCGAGUUCACUAGGCGUCUCCAAUAACAAACGGAGCUGUGAGUCGGCGAGUUCCGUCAUGCGUUCUACGUCACAAGCCUCGAUGGAAAGUCAUGACAUAUUGAAUACUUCCGGUAACCACCGAGUGUCGUUCGCUAGGGGAGGUCCCCAGGAGUCCUCCAAUAUACUGAACAGGUCCCACUCCUCCAUGUCUAUGAGAGAGGGCAAUGUACAGUUUAAGAUGACUGAUGCAGAUAUGAACAAAAUGCUUGAUAGGCUCAUAGAAGGUAAGGGGGAGAAGGAAGACUACAGUAACCAAACCGAGGAAACCAUGUCCGAUCUACAAGGGGCCAUCAAGGCGCUAACUUUCAUGAAGCGCUUGAGUAGAAUGUCGAGUCGGAACAAGCGCAACACUCCGUCAGAUGUCGCUUCAAGUACCGGAACUGCAACUAACUCGCAACUUCCGAGGCGGAUAAGUAGUCGCCAGGAGACGGACAAAUUCAUCAGGGAGUCGAAGCAGAAGGAUGAUCAGUAUCUGGACACGAUGGAUUCUAUGAGGCGCAGGGUGGCGCUGGGUGCGUCCAAAUCACGAAGUGGCUGGAAAUGAUGAAAGCCUAGCGAGUGCCAACGUAUUGAGAAUUGAGCUCUGUAACAAUCAUUCUGUUUUGUUGCAAUUAUUUUUAUUGUGUUUGUUGUUUAUACAUAUUUAUUUUUUGGAUUCAUAUAUAAUGAACCAAAGCAAACUGAA